AGUCGUGGCUCGAUGUAGUUGCACGGUGCGGAAACCGUCAGUGUACCCUUCGGAAUGCAAGCCGACCCUGAAAUCCAGAAUGCGGUGUCAAUCUUGCAGGAGUACAUACAGAGCUGUUCGGACUUUCCCCCACAUUCCCGCAUUUUGAUGUGGAACUUUGAGAAGCGACUGCAGGAGGACUCCUUGUUACAGUUCCGUGCCACUGUGUCCUUUGUCUUCAAGCAGGUGCCACAUUAUUUCCGUGGCAGCUGGCAGACCUCCAAGAAAAAGGCCCAGAGAGACUCGGCCGAACGAGUCAGACGUUACAUGAUGAAGCAGAGUGGAAAUGUGGAGCCGGCAGGAGGAAGAGGGCUUCAGAACGAUGCUUCACUCAUUCUGGAGGACUCAGUGCGGGAGGAGGUUUUGCGCUUGCAAAAGAAAAAGUCGACCAGGUUUUGGCAGUCAGAGCGGCUGAAAGUCGAGGUGGAGGAGCGACGCACUUCGCAGGAGAAGGAAUUUCGUGUGGUCCUGCUCUUGGAGGUCAACACCGUGCCGCACCACUUUGCAGGUUCCUGGUGUGCCUCCAUUGAGGCGGCCACUUCGGAUGCCUGUGAGCGCGUGCUGUGGUAUUUUGGCAUUGGCGAUGCCUCAGCUUUUCGCGGUGUUCUGAAUGCAGCAGGCAAAGCUGCGGAGCAACCACCUCCGCAGCAACUCGUUCAGAGCAAGGACUUAGCGGAGGACAACAGCCCUGGAGGUGCCUCUUCAGCCGAGCGCCCACCUGUAGAGGAGAAAACGAUUCUCAUGCAGGUACAAAACACCUUGCAGAAGACCUUCUCGAAGGAUACUGCUGCAGGCGAAAAAGUUUGGGUGUGGACUUACAAUGCAUCCCAAGAUGAUCCACAAGUCUUCCGCGCGAUUGCAGAGGUGCCUUCUUUGGGUCGAACAUUCCAGGGCGACUGGUGCCGAGGCAAGAAGCUGGCGCAGAGAAACGCGUGUCUUGCAGUGAAAGCGUACUUGGAAGCCCUUCAAAGUGAGACCUAGGUGCUUUGGCUCCUAGGUUUGAGAAAAUGGCUUGGACGAAUAGGAAGAACCCGAGCCAAGUGAGUCAAGAGGAGAAGGACCAUGAGAACGGAUUCUUACAUGAUCAUGUUAUGUAUUGGCGGCUGUUUGGUCCGUGGUGAUGUUUAUUCAGGAUGUGUCGAGGGACGCUGAAAAUUGAUGAGUAAAAGAGCAGCCCAUGUUGCUCUUGCUGAUAGUAACACGCCCGGGGCGCGAGCAAGUCUUUGAGAGCUUGCAGGCCAAGUAUUUCUUGUAG